GGCGAGCGGAGCGGGCUGGGGAGGCUGGGAGAGCGGCGGAGCAGCGAGUGAGGAGGCAGCGCAGCCGGAGGAGGCGCGGAGGGCGCGGGCGCCAGGCCUGCGGGGUGCACUUGGCCGAGCGCGCGGAGGGAGCGCCCGGCUGGAGCUCGCAGCUCCCGCCACCAGCGCGCAGGGCGGCGCGGAGCCCCCGGCGCGGGGCGCGGGGCGCAGGGCGCGAGCGAGCGGAUCGUUGUUCCGCCGUCGCCCUCCCGACUCUGCCGGGCAACCGCUCCCCGGACAACUCCGCGGCGGAAGGCGCCACGAGCCUGGCCGGCCUGGCGGCGGCACACGGCGGAGGGGCGCGGACCAGCCUCCCCAGCCCGGCCCGGGCUGCAGCCGAGCGGCGCGGGGACCUGACGGCGGCCGCGGAUGAGAAAACCUGGGCCACGUGGGCAGCAAAUAAAAUCCCUGUUGAGAACAACAAUAAAAUACCCUCGUGUACAUAUAUAUAUCUCUAAAGACGCAAAGACACCCCACGCCUGUGGUCUGACUGGAGCUUAGACCAGCCCUGUGAGCUGCCGGGAGCUUCCUGCCCGUCUGACGAUGGCUCCCGAAUCCCUCCCAGAUUCUUCCCACUAGCAACAAGCCAGGUGAUGUUUCGUAGCACGUGCAGCUCAUCGUACAUAUUUCACACUCGUGCUUUCCUGUAUCUGUGCCGCAUCUCUGUGCAAAAGACUCCUGUCCCCACUUCUCGGAGGAGAAAACUGAGGCUCCUGGAGGAUGUUUUCUGAGCUCCUACGAUGUGCCAGACGGUUGGAGGAACUGGCCACUUGGAGAAUAGUCCCUUCCCCUGAGGGGCCCACAGUCUGGUGGGGGAGACAGACAGACAAGUAAACAGAUUGUGACCCACUUUCAACUGUUUUCGUGGCCCACUAAUGGGCUGCCCUUCACAGUUCACGGCAGUAGAGCACGCCCCGCCCCUGCAGGGGAGGUCUGCCCUGCACCGCACUCUGAAGAGACAGAAAUCAAUAGCGGAGCAUCGUUUCCUCGAGGGGCCCGCAGCCUGGCCAGGACGGCACACCUGCAGCCUGACGGCGAGAACGGUGCUGUGUGGAGGGCUGCCUGCUGGGCACGGCGAUGAGUGAGCAGGCCCAGCGGACAAGGAUGGGGAGCCGCACCCAGGAGGGCGAGGAGUGAUGCCCCGCCGUCCCCCAUGACCGCCCUCGGAGUGGGGGUCCCCAGGCCCUGGCAGACUGCUGACCCUCAGCCCGCCAACUGCUAAGGGUGGGACUUGAGACGUUUCCCUGUGGAUGGUCCCCUCCCCUGCUGCUCCACCAUGAGGCUCCUCGUGGCCCCCCUCUUGCUAGCCUGGGUGGCUGGUGCCUCUGCCGCGGUGCCCGUGGUCCCCUGGCGUGUGCCCUGCCCCCCUCAGUGCGCCUGCCAGAUCCGGCCCUGGUAUACGCCCCGCUCGUCCUACCGCGAGGCCACCACCGUGGACUGCAAUGACCUGUUCCUGACGGCCGUGCCCCCGGCGCUGCCCGCGGGCACGCAGACCCUGCUACUGCAGAGCAACGGCAUCGCCCGCGUGGACCGGAGCGAGCUCGGCUACCUGGCCAACCUCACGGAGCUGGACCUGUCCCAGAACAGCUUUUCCGACGCCCGGGACUGUGACUUCCGGGCCCUGCCCCAGCUGCUGAGCCUGCACCUGGAGGAGAACCAGCUGACCCGCCUGGAGGACCACAGCUUUGCGGGGCUGGCCAGCCUGCAGGAGCUCUAUCUCAACCACAACCAGCUGCGCCGCAUCGCCCCGCGGGCCUUCGCCGGCCUCGGCAACCUGCUGCGGCUGCACCUCAACUCCAACCUGCUGCGGGCCGUGGACAGCCGCUGGUUCGAGAUGCUGCCCAGCCUGGAGAUCCUCAUGAUCGGGGGCAACAAGGUGGACGCCAUCCUGGACAUGAACUUCCGGCCCCUGGCCAACCUGCGCAGCCUGGUGCUGGCCGGCAUGAGCCUGCGGGAGAUCUCCAGCCACGCCCUGGAGGGGCUGCGGAGCCUGGAGAGCCUCUCCUUCUACGACAACCAGCUGGUCCGGGUGCCCCGGCGGGCGCUGGAGCAGGUGCCCGGCCUCAAGUUCCUGGACCUGAACAAGAACCCGCUGCAGCGGGUGGGGCCCGGGGACUUCGCCAACAUGCUGCACCUCAAGGAGCUGGGGCUGAACAACAUGGAGGAGCUGGUUUCCAUCGACAAGUUCGCCCUGGUCAACCUCCCCGAGCUGACCAAGCUGGACAUCACCAACAACCCGCGGCUGUCCUUCAUCCACCCCCGCGCCUUCCACCACCUGCCCCAGAUGGAGACCCUCAUGCUCAACAACAACGCGCUCAGUGCCUUGCACCGGCAGACGGUGGAGUCGCUGCCCAACCUGCAGGAGGUGGGUCUCCACGGCAACCCCAUCCGCUGCGACUGCGUCAUCCGCUGGGCCAACGCCACCGGCAGCCGCGUCCGCUUCAUCGAGCCGCAGUCCACCCUGUGCGCGGAGCCGCCGGACCUCCAGCGCCGCCCGGUCCGGGAGGUGCCCUUCCGCGAGAUGACGGACCACUGCCUGCCCCUCAUCUCCCCCCGCAGCUUCCCUCCCAGCCUCCACGUGGCCGGCGGACAGAGCCUGGUGCUGCACUGCCGGGCGCUGGCGGAGCCAGAGCCUGAGAUCUACUGGGUCACUCCGGCUGGGGUUCGACUGACAGCGGCCCGUGCAGGCAAGAGACACCGGGUGUACCCCGAGGGGACCCUGGAGCUGCGGAGGGUGACGGUGGCAGAGGCGGGGCUGUACACCUGUGUGGCCCAGAACCUGGUGGGGGCCGAUACCAAGACCGUCAGUGUGGUGGUGGGCCGGGCUCCCCUGAAGCUAGGCAGGGACAAGGGAUGGGGGCUAGAGCUCCGGGUGCAGGAGACCCACCCCUAUCGCAUCCUGCUCUCUUGGGUCCCCCCACCCAACACCAUCGCCACCAACCUCACCUGGUCCAGCGCCUCCUCCCUCCGGGGCCAGGGGGCCACUGCUCUGGCCCGCCUGCCUCGGGGCACCCACAGCUACAACAUCACCCGCCUCCUUCAGGCCACGGAGUACUGGGCCUGCCUGCAAGUGGCCUUUGCUGAUGCCCACACCCAGUUGGCCUGCGUAUGGGCCAGGACUAAAGAGGCCACUCCCUGCCACAGAGCCUUAGGGGACCGGCCUGGGCUCAUUGCCAUCCUGGCCCUGGCUGUCCUCUUGCUGGCAGCCGGGAUAGCAACCCACCUCGGCCCUGGCCAGCCCAGGCAGGGGGUGGGUGGGCGGCCUCUCCUUCCAGCCUGGGCUUUCUGGGGCUGGGGUGCCCCCUCAGUCCGGGUGGUGUCUGCACCCCUCGUCCGGCCCUGGAAUCUGGGACAGAAGCUGCCCACGUCCUUAGAGGGGGAGACAGGGUCACCACCAUUGUCUCACAAUUCCUGGAGCUCGUCCUGUCCUCCGCAGUAGAGAGAAAACAAGGACCGCUUUUUAACAAAAGGGAAGCGAUCUGGGCCUGAUGCCCUGCCAAGAACGUGACAUGGACCCACGUGCUCAAGGCCGGACCAUGACAGACGGGGUCGGUGGCCCCAGGGCCUGCUCCUGCCACCCCCCAACCAUGGCCCUUCCCUUCUGGGGGGCUCCUCUGCUGCCUCUUUGAGGAGCCUCUGCAAGGGACAGAAGGACUCUGGCGCAAACCUCCCACCUCCCCAGCUGUCUACAUGCCCAGAGGCUCCUGGGCAGCGCCUGGCUGUCCCCUGCCCGUGUCCCCAGGCCCUCGGUCCUCAGGAUGUGCCCCUCCUCUGCCGUUUCUCUGUUCAGCCUCAGUUGCUUGCUCCUCCCCCUCCCGGGCAAGGGCUGAAGGAGGCCUCUCCUCCCACCGUCCCAGCGACCCCAGCCUGCUCUGAAGGACACUUGGACGAGGCUGCCCAGGACCCCGCCGCCCCCUGGCAGCCCGGUUGGCGCUGGAGGUUGACUUUCUACAGGCAGUUUUGUACCUUUGCGGAGGAAUGUGUCGCCUCCCCCAGCCCAGUUCGCUCUUUUCUCCUGUUUUGUAAAAAAUAAAAGUAAAUAAGAAAAACGUGCUAAGGAGGGAAAGGAGACCAAAGGGAAAUAGUCCUUUGAAUCCUGAGUACAAAC